UGUUACUCGUCGUUCUUGCACACUUGACGGUGUUGCGCUCCGCAGGAAGAGCCGCACGCAUCGCUGCAGUUCAGACGCGCAAAGGAGCAAAACCUCUUCUGUUUGUGCGCCACCUGACCGGAGACCCUCCUCUCAGCCCGCAUGGAUUACCGAGCCGAACCGAGCCAAAGUCCGACAAGUGUGAGAGGAGCCUCCCUGCUCGGUUAGACCGAAACGGAGCCGCGCCAAGGCUGCAAAAACACCAAAGUACAGUUCAAAGGUUUGUCACAGCCUGUGGAGACUUUAGGACAGUCACAGAAUACAGGAUAGUUGCAGGUUCCUCAAGAGCUGCCAAGUUUUUAAUCUCGGAAACCAGAGCCGAUGAAGGCGCGACGUGGAGGUUAAGCUCUGCUUUAUUCUCGGAUGAAACCGCACAGAGACGCACAGUUUGGGAUGUAGUCUGAAUUUCUCACAGCGGGAUGUAGUUUUGGCGGACCAGAGGGGACGAUUUGGACUUGGAGAAUGAACUUGGAGAGGCAGCUGUGCUUACUUUCUGCGCCGUGAAGACACAUCAAACCAUGGGUUGAAAGCGACGAUGAUGGACUGCGGGGAUAUUCAACGUGGGAAGGAGCAGAAUUUUCUGUGUUAUGUAAUGAUUGACAACGCCUGAUAAUUAGUGGUAGAUCCUAACACGAGCAUCCCCCCCCCUCCCCCGUCACCCCCACCCUCCCCCUUCCCCUUCAUGUCGACAGGUUGAACUUUUGCGUUUUAUUUUUGAAAGUGAAAGCUGAUACCAGAGCUGGUAAAGUUAAUGAUCAGAGCAUGUCACAGGUCUGUGGAUAAACUCAUUUAUUUUGCUGUAUUUUUAUUGCACAGCAAACCACCAGGUUGAGUUUAUUCAAGCUGUUUGAAAGCCUCACUUGGAUACCACUAACCUCUGUGACUGCCUCCCCUUCCAACCUCAGCCUGUUUUUAAGCAGUUUUCUCAUGAAAUUAACAUUAAUCAUGAAGCUCUCAACUCCUGAACUGCUCUGUGCUGAUUUCAAAAUGACUGCAGGAAAUCCGGCAUUCACCAGCUUCUUUCUGAGCUUUGAACUCUCUUCUUUGAUGUGCAUCGUUCUUUCAUAGCCACUAAGAUGCUAUAAUGCUGAUUUUUGCCCUCAGAUUUGGGGAUAUGUAGUCUCCCUGAAAUUCUCCACCUCCUAAUCUCUGUGACUUUCUGUUUCUGAACAUCCAAAGCCCAUAAGUUAACCUUCACCAGAGCCUUCCUCGGUCCCUCCCUCCCCCCCAACUCAUCAGGGCUGGUGGGGGGGUGGAUCUCGGCCCCUGCGGGGUCGAAACUGCGGCUGGCGGUGGGUCGUCACCCCAUCAAGGAAGGGCUCCCACCAUGGAGACCAGCCCAGAGAGCCCCAACCGGGCCGUGGAGUACCUCCUGGAGCUCAACAACAUCAUUGAGAGCCAGGCCAAGCUCCUGGAGACGCAGCGGCGGCGCAUUGAGGAGCUGGAGGGCCAGCUGGACCGGGUCAGCCAGGAGAACCAGGACCUGAGGCAGGAGCGCAGCCCACGCACCCCUGGAGCGGACACCCCCGAGCAAAACCACAACCACAGCCAGCCCCUGUCCCUGCCCAUCCAUCACGGCGGCGGUGCUGGAGGUGGCGGGAAUGGAAGCCCCUCGACGUCUCAGGUGGCAGCCGGACCCGCUGCCCCGACUCCUGGGCCCAGCAGGGAGAGGAGAACCCACACCAGGCUGACCCGAGGCCUCUCCUGCGGUUCCUCCACGACGGAUCGACUCGAACGCACCGACAGCCAAGACACCAACACCAGUUCCACCUUACGCAGAAAUGUGGAAGGGGAAUCCCAGUGUCCUGAGACGGGCACCCACAAAGACAGCUCUUUCAGCCAGGCGCCUUACCUUCGCGGCUCUGAACGCUACAGUGACAGCAGCAGCGCUCCCUCCGGUUCCAGGGGCCCUUCAUGUGUGGCUGCCAGCUCAACCAGCUUGGCCUGGGCACUGCGAACACGCCACCAACCUGCAAGUUUGGCCCUCCGCAAGCAAGAGGAAGAGGAGAACAAGAGAUGCAAAGCCCUUUCAGAUAGUUAUGAACUCUCAACAGAUCUGCAGGAUAAGAAGGUUGAAAUGUUGGAGAGAAAGUACGGAGGCUCCUUUGUAAGUCGUAGAGCAGCGAGGACCAUUCAGACGGCCUUCAGACAGUAUCGCAUGAACAAGAACUUUGAGCGCCUCAGAAGCUCCGCUUCAGAGAGUCGCAUGACACGCCGCAUCAUCCUGUCCAACAUGAGACUUCAGUAUUCUUUUGAUGAGCGACAGCCUCAGCAGCAGGCCCAGACACAGACCAACUUCACCCACAGCGUGGCCAUAGGGCCUCCUCACUCACCUGACCCAGACCGCACAGGAGACUACACCCACCUGGAGGACUCCUUCUCCAAACAGGUCAAGUCCUUGGCUGACUCCAUAGAUGAUGCCCUUACCUGCCGCGCAGGUCGCGAUGACUCCCAGGAGGGCAGCAGGGAAGGAGGAGGGAUGAGCGAAGACUUUGGAGAGUGUGUGUGGAGCAGCAGCAGCAACCCCUCCUCCCAGAGAGGUUUGGGAGAAAGAGGCAGGGGUCCAGGAGGAGGACUCAGUAUGCACGGUGACAGUACGGCCACCUCCUACAGUGAUGUCACCCUUUACAUGGAUGAUGGCAUGCCAUCCUCCCCGCUGUCCCUUGACCGGGCACCCAGCAGCACAGAUACAGAGUACUGGGGCCCCGGCGGUGGUGUUGGAGGUCGUGAGGACAGCAGGGACACUGAGGGAGGCGGCAGCAGUAACAGUCGCCGCAGCACCCCAUGUACGGAGUGCAGGGACUAUCGUCUCAGGGGCGCACAUCUGCCUCUCCUCACUAUUGAGCCGCCCAGCGACAGCUCAGUGGACAUGAGUGACCGUUCCGACCGCGGCUCUCUGAGCAGGCAGCUGGUCUAUGAGCAGGAGCCUGGUGUAGGUGCAGGCUCCCCUCAGGGAACCCUCAAACACUCCCCCAACACCGGCACCCGCACCUCCUCCACAGCAGCAGCCCAGGGUCAGACCCGGGCCCCUGGUAGACCCAUACCUACACAUAUCCCACACCAGGUUGCAGCUCACCACCACCACCACCACCACCCCAUCCACCACCAUCAGUACCCAGACACACCUUCAUCCUCCUCCUCCCCACAGCAGCCUCCCACCACCCCUCUGUCCUCCUCCUCCUCUACAGCUCUGCCUCCUGGUGGUCUGGAGCAGCCGUGCUGCUCCGAUGGAGACAACGAUUCACUCAACUCCACCACCAACUCCAAUGAAACAGUCAACUGCAGCUCAGGCUCCUCAUCUCAGGACAGCCUGCGGGAACCUCUGCCUCCUCUGGGCAAGCAGACCUACCAGAGAGAGAGCCGCCAUAGCUGGGACUCUCCACCCUUUAACAGCGAUGUCGUGCAGAGACGCCAGUAUCGCAUUGGUCUCAAUCUCUUCAACAAGAGAAAGGGAUCCAAGUACCUGAUAGAGAGAGGUUUUGUGUCAGACACUCCUGUCGGGAUUGCUCGCUUCAUCCUGGAGAGAAAGGGCCUCAGCAGGCAGAUGAUUGGAGAGUUUCUGGGAAACCGACAGAAACAAUUCAACAAGGAUGUUUUCAGCUGUGUAGUGGAUGAGAUGGACUUCUCAGGGAUGGACCUGGAUGAUGCUCUUAGGAAGUUCCAGGCUCAAAUUAAAGUUCAGGGAGAAGCCCAAAAAGUGGAGAGGCUGAUAGAAGCGUUCAGUCAGAGAUAUUGUGUGUGCAAUCCAACCCUGGUUCGGCAGUUCCAGAACCCCGACACCAUCUUCAUCUUGGCCUUCGCCAUUAUUCUCCUCAACACAGACAUGUACAGUCCCAACGUCAAAGCUGAGAGGAAGAUGAAACUGGAGGAUUUCAUCAAGAAUUUAAGAGGUGUAGAUAACGGUCAGGACAUACCCAGGGAUCUGCUGGUUGGUAUCUACCAGCGAAUACAGAAAUGGGAGCUGCGGACCAAUGAUGACCAUGUGUCCCAAGUGCAGGCAGUUGAGAGAGUCAUUGUGGGCAAGAAGCCUGUGCUGUCCCUUCCCCAUCGUAGACUGGUGUGUUGCUGCCAGCUCUAUGAGGUGCCAGACCCCAACAGACCUCAGAGGACAGGAGUGCACCAACGGGAGGUCUUCCUCUUUAAUGACCUGCUGGUGGUGACCAAAAUCUUCCAGAAGAAGAAAACCGCAGUGACUUACAGUUUUAGACAAUCUUUCCCUUUGGUUGAGAUGCAAGUGCACAUGUUCCAGAACUCAUACUAUCCUCAUGGCAUCCGGCUGACCUCACCAGUCCUGGGUGGGGAGAGGAAGGUUCUUAUCGUCUUCAUGGCACCCAGUCAGCAAGACCGCACCCGCUUUGUUAGCGACCUCAGGGAGAGCAUUGCUGAAGUGCAAGAGAUGGAGAAAUACAGAGUUGAGUCGGAGUUGGAGAAACAGAAAGGUGUGAUGCGACCCAGCUUGUUAACUGGAGGUGUGGUUGGAGGUGGCAUAGGUGUGAAGAGUGACGUUGUGAAUGGGACCAUAGGAAGGACAAGUUUUGAUGACAACUGCUCAGUGGGUGAAGGUCUAAAACGCACAGCACUCAGCUCAUCUCUCAGGGACCUAUCGGAGACAGGGAAACGUGGUCGCAGGAACAGUGUUGGUUCUCUGGACAGUACCAUGGAAGGCUCCAUCAUUAGCAGCCCACAGCCUCACCAGCGCUACCCGAUGCCAGGUGUGCUUCCUGGCUGCUACGGAACAGAAGACUUCCGGCCUCACCGCCCCAUCCUGAGCCCCGGAACGGGGGUGGGGGGUGGGCCGGGGCAGCAACAUACCACUGCUGGGACAGGAGUUGGGGGAGUCUCCAGCAGUGUAGAGAGAGCAGGUUCGGGGAGCGGCCCUGUGGGGAGCAGCACCAACAACAGCGGCUCCUUCCUGGGCUCCCUAUUCGGCAGCAAACGCGCCAAACCACCAGGGCCCCUUAUUCCACCGGGGCCACCAUACCCCGCACCUGUCCCCCCACCGACUACGGGAGGGCCCCCACCUCACUCCCCUUCAUCUCUUUGCCAGCUGGAGGGGGGUGCGUCCAAACUCCAGGCCCUACACGCACAGUACUGUCACGCGGGCACCGUGCAGCCCCCGCCACCUUACUACCAUCACCAUCGCUACCACGUCCAAACUGUCCCUCCUCCUUUGCAAGGGGUGCCCCCUCUUACUAUGCAGAGAGGCCCACUACCCUGUCGACCUCCGCUUGGCCUGCCGCACGCCCCACACCCGCAGCUGGCCCAUCUCUCCCAGCUUUCCCAGCAUGGGCUUCCGGGUCGCUACGCCAACAUGGUGGUGGGAUGUCCCCCCCUUUCUCCUCUCUCCCAACAUUCCCAGAACCCACAGUUCGCCCUCUACCACGCGCAACCCUUACACUCUCUCAGAGGGGGCGGCGGACCUGGUACCAAGCCCCCACUCACCUUGUCACACUCCCACCCCCACCCCCACGCACACUCCCAAACCCACCCCGGACACGUGCACACGCCGCACCCGGGAAGCCACUCCACGCACCAAACACACUUCAUAUUCGGCACGCUGCCCCACAACAUGCCGUCCGCGUCCGUCAAUGCGCAUCACGCAGCCUCCGCCGGCCAGUAUCUGCCCCAGUACCCUCCUCUCUCUUCCAUCCCCCCUCCCCCACCACACUCCCCUUCCCCCCCUUCGUCCCCCCUUACCCCUCUUACACCUCUCUCCCCUCACCCCCAGCACCCCGGGCAGCCUCAGCAGGGGCCGCAGGUGACGGGGGCUGGAGCGACAGGUACAGGGGGCAGCUCCAAAUCCAAGCCUAUCAACCGGAUAAGUACCGUGGUGUGAACAGGAUGUGGAGCUCCAGGGUUCACAGGGGAGACGACAGAUUGGAGGAGGUGGGCAGAACUCGGUCCCGCACCAAAUCUGCCAGGACGGAGAGCAACAGCAGCAGCGCUAGUGACAAGAGGAA